AUGGUGGAUGAUUUUGCUAGGCUCAUGACUAACAAAUUUCAGAUGAGCAUGAAUAAAGAGAUUAACUUCUUUCUAGGACUUCAAGUUAAACAGAUUCCUCAAGGGAUCUUCAUCCAUCAAGAAAAAUAUACCUCUGAGCUGCUGAAGAAAUACUUUAUGGAUAAUUUUUCUUCGGCUAAGGUCCCCAUGACCUUUGGUUAUAAGAUUUCUGAUGAUCCCUCCGGUGAACCUGUUAAUCACAAAACUUAUAGAGGCCUCAUUGGCUCUCUCAUGUACCUCACUGCUAGCCGACCGAAUAUAGUUUUUGCAACGGGUGUAUGCGCAAGGUAUCAUGCUGAUACAAAAGUGUCUCAUAUGACCGCAUCCAAGCAAAUUCUUCGGUACUUAAAAGGAAGCAAGUCUCUUGGCCAAUGGUACCCCUCAGGCAAUGACUUUACUCUUCAAGCGUUUACCGAUGUGGAUCAUGCUGGAUGCAAACUGGAUCGUAAAAGCACCUCUGGUGGAUGUCAAUUCUUGGGUGGAAGACUAGUCAGCUGGUUGUCAAGGAAACAAAAUUAUGUGUCAUUGUUUACCGCAGAAGCUGAAUAUGUGGCCGCAGCCAGCUGUUGCUCACAAGUGUUAUGGAUGAAAACACAACUGUUAGACUAA